AUGCCCCGCUUGAAUGACGAGGAUAUACGGAACUAUCUAGAAAAUUUAGACGAUUCUGAAGAUGUUCUCGACGGCUCUGAAUCGGAAAGUGACGAGGAAGACACCUAUUACCAAGCGGCUCGGGAUGUUUUUCGCGACCUGGAGGGUUCAGAUUGCGAAGAGCGUCACAUAGGUGAGAACAUUAAAAGUCCAUCUUCUAACCAGCUCGAUGAUGAUAUUUAUUAUGGAAACAGAUCAACAUUUACAAGAACCGACUUCAUCUUCACAUCGCCCUACAAGACCUAUAGUUUGGCGACAACGAAAUCUCAUUACUAG